AUGGCCGUGAAGACUCGCAAGGCGACGGCGACUCACUCUUCUACAGUUCGCCUGCCUGCGAAACAGCCCGGGAUUGCAGCCUUCACGCGAGUAGGCAAAGCCGGGUCACUAACUGCUUCCGUGAAGGAGACCCUUUCUCGAAAACGAAAGGUUGAAGACACUGCUCAAGGAGACAGCGAGUCAGUGAAGCAGAUCAGCCCUUCCAACGACAAGACACCUGCAAAGAGAAGCAAGAUCGAACCAACACCAGAGAAGGAUAAAUCCUCAACACAGCUCCUUGUCAAAGGUUGUUCUGAGUCUUCAACUGAGCCGACUUGCACAUCAUCAAGUGCCACCGAUUCCCCUGCCGAACGGCCGUCUGAGUUCCUUGACCUUGUUGAUCUAAACUCUGCUUUUCUAAGCGCGCUUUCCCUUCAUUUUGCCCACAAUGGAGCCAUGGCACCCGCAAAUAUUCGUGAUCUUCUUAGCAGCACAGAGAGGAUCUGGAAUAAAAGAAAGGUGGCACUGCAGGACAUCCAGAGAGUGCUACAUAUUCAGGGGCUUCACCAGCCUUCUUCACAGCCACAGAGUAGGUUCAGACUCACCAGUUACGGAACGAGCACAUUUUUGGAAAGGAAAGAGGGCACAAUUUCGAGUAAAUCAAGCAUUACUUCACCAUUAAAUGACAAGAGGCUCAAAGCGGAGUUUUUGUCAAACCUGGAAGCUUAUUGUGUGGAAAAAGGGGAUGAUGAUGAGAAGCCGAAGCGAGAUCUGUUCCGGACCAUUCCACUGGCACCAAUCCACGCAUCCAAAGGAUCUGUUAAGCCUGCAGGCGGCCAGAAAACCAUCCAUGAGCUGUUUGGAUCCCUCAAAUCUAAGCCGACGCUGACCCGUGAACCCGUGAUGAAGCAGCCAACACCACUAAAAGAGUCAGUUUCGACCAGCAACCGGCGAAACGGACUUCUGGAACGUAUGAAGAUAAAAUCACUGCGCCAAUCAAAGCUCCCUCCCCCGCCUUCGAAGGAAGCUAUACUGAAGCAGACUGCCCUGGGCCGAAUCUCUGAAGUUAUCAAUGUCCUUCUCUUACUGUCACCGCUGGCUUACAAGGUUGACAAUACCACGAGUACCUCUACUACUCCGGCACUUCGAAAGUCAUACACAAUGGACCUGAUCAUCCAGAGGAUUGAGGACUCCAUGCGGACCCCUGCGUCGAGAGAAGAGAUCGAGACCUGUAUUGACAUUCUCAGCCAGUCCAAGGUGGCCAAAGAUUGGGUCACGAUAGUCAAGACAAGCCAGGUGAAAUCGGUCGUCCUCAGAUCAGACCGACGGCCUUCACCUGCUGAAGUAACGAACGAGUCUAUGAACCUAAAGUUUUAG